GUGGAUUUAACCAUCAAUAACUUCAAGAAUAAAUUCGAAUUCAAUGUUCAAAUAUCGAUCAAUGAAAGUAUCGAUAUCAAUGACAGACAACAUGUCUGCUUGCCAAGAUUAAUGAUUAUAACCUUUUCUCACAGAUGUAGUUGUAAAUUUAUUAGUUUCCAUAUGAAACAAUUUAGAUGGAAUGAAUAAAUUGAUAUUAUUUUAUUUUAUAAAAGUCCUUUCUGCUUAAUUUCUUAUUAUGUUUAUAGUUAUAGGUCAUUACUUAUUCUCAAUUUUUCAAGUCUUUUUAUAAAAGUUGAAAAUGAAACAAUUUGUAAAGUGUACAUAGAAAUUUUCUUAGUCCAAUCAAUUGAUCCCGAAAUGUCUUCUUAUCCGGAACAACAAGCAGAAGAACGGGAAGUCUUACAAUCAAUAUAUGAUGGCGACCCCUCGUUCAAAGAAUUGAAUCCCACUACCUAUCAAUAUAAGUUUGGUGAAGACGGCGAUCCUAAAUCGUUCCUCUUAGAAAUAUCAUGGGGACAGAAAUAUCCAGAUGAAAAACCCGACGUCAAUAUGGAUGCCUUCUACAAUAAGCACAUAAUACAAAUUGUAAAAGACCACAUAAAGAAAUGUGUUCUCCAAGAAGCCGAAGACUACCUAGGAAAUGCGAUGACGUUUAGUCUUUUCGAAUCCGUCAAAGAGAAGCUAAAUGAAUUAGUCGUAGAUCAACCAGAAAAAACAUUAGAAAACGGCAUAUCAGACUUAAAUAUUCAGAACGUCGACGAGGACGACGAUGAUGGUGGGGGCAGGGGACAAGGGGGGACGGGUGGCGCAGUGAAGAAGUCGGCACUUAGCAAGGCGCAGAAGCGCAAGCAGUGGGAUCGAGUGGACGCGAGGGGCGAGCGCCCGCGAGGCUACGACUGGGUCGACAUCGUCAAGCACCUCUCGCAGACCGGCUCAAAGGCUGACGCCACCUCCUAGCCAACCAAUGAUAUUAUUAUUUUUAAUAAACAACUUUUAUAUAAUUCA